AGUGCUAGCAUGUCCUUUGUGCUCUUCGGAACCGUUUGUGAUUGUUUUCCACCGAGAUUCUCUUCCCAUAGGUGAUUUCUGGAGGUUUUUUCCGGCUUCUGCUUCCCCCUCUCUUGGUUGUAGUACGGCCGUACCAUUUCAGCUUGCUAGUGCAGAAAGAUGUGAAUUCAGUUGCUGUGUGAGCCUGGCCUGAUGCAAACCCAUUUCCAGAGACAUGUUUAAAGAGUUCCAGGUGAAUCAAGCCUGAGAGAGACGACAGCAAAACGAUAUGUGUCACAAAGAUGUCUACACGGAAUUGCCAGGGAAUGGACUCAGUGAUCAAGCCCCUGGACACAAUUCCCGAGGACAAGAAAGUCAGAGUUCAGAGGACACAGAGCACCUUCGAUCCUUUUGAGAAGCCAGCUAACCAAGUAAAGAGAGUUCAUUCCGAAAACAAUGCUUGCAUUAAUUUCAAGUCGUCCUCUGCAGGGAAAGAGUCGCCUAAAGUUCGAAGGCACUCCAGCCCCAGCUCGCCAACAAGUCCCAAAUUUGGAAAAGCCGACUCAUAUGAAAAACUGGAAAAACUAGGUGAAGGAUCUUAUGCGACAGUCUACAAAGGGAAAAGCAAGGUCAAUGGGAAGUUGGUGGCCCUGAAGGUGAUCAGGCUGCAGGAGGAAGAAGGCACCCCGUUCACAGCUAUCAGGGAAGCAUCUCUGUUAAAAGGACUAAAGCAUGCUAACAUAGUGCUGCUUCAUGACAUUAUCCACACCAAGGAGACGCUGACGCUUGUGUUUGAGUAUGUGCACACUGAUUUAUGUCAGUACAUGGACAAGCACCCUGGGGGGCUGCAUCCAGACAAUGUGAAGUUGUUUUUAUUUCAGUUGCUGCGAGGGCUGUCUUACAUCCACCAGCGUUAUAUUUUGCACCGAGACCUGAAACCACAGAACCUUCUGAUCAGUGACACGGGGGAGUUAAAGCUGGCAGAUUUCGGUCUUGCGAGAGCCAAAUCCGUCCCUAGCCACACCUACUCCAAUGAAGUGGUCACUCUGUGGUACAGACCUCCAGAUGUCCUCCUGGGCUCCACCGAAUACUCCACCUGCCUUGACAUGUGGGGCGUUGGCUGCAUCUUUGUUGAAAUGAUCCAAGGGGUUGCUGCUUUUCCAGGAAUGAAAGACAUCCAAGACCAACUUGAAAGGAUAUUUCUGGUUCUUGGAACACCAAAUGAGGACACGUGGCCUGGAGUCCAUUCCUUACCACACUUUAAGCCAGAACGCUUUACCGUGUACAGCUCUAAAACCCUGAGACAAGCCUGGAAUAAACUCAGUUAUGUGAACCAUGCAGAAGACCUGGCCUCCAAGCUCCUACAGUGUUCCCCAAAGAACAGACUAUCAGCCCAGGCAGCCUUGAGCCACGAGUAUUUUAGUGACCUGCCCCCUCGGCUAUGGGACCUGAGCGAUAUGUCUUCUAUUUUUACCAUCCCGAAUGUAAGAUUGCACCCAGAAACUGGAGACAGCAUGCGGGCCUUUGGGAAAAACAAUAGUUAUGGCAAAAGUCUAUCAAAUAGCAAGCACUGACAAGCACAAAGUUCUCAAGAGAGUGCAGGAUUAAGUUGUCAUCAUUCUGGGAAGACAAGACAAAAAAAAAAGAGAGAAACAUGAAUGAGCGGCCAAUAGCGUGGAGGGAAUCGUGGAUCCGGUUCCUUCCCCUCUGGUGGUGGAUUACUCUUACAAGAAAAUUGAAGCUGGCAAGACCUUGUUUUCUCUGCCAUUUAUUUAAAACCUUGCACGCAUUUGGAUACCUUGUGAUUUCCGAGAACUCUGUGAAGAUGAAGCUUUGCUUACUGAUACGUGGCAUGGAUUCUUUUCAGUCUUUUGUGUUUAGUUUUGUUUGAUUUCCCUCCACGGCGCAGCAUCUCUGGAAAGGUUUAGUGCUUUCCCCAGCCGUGUCUUAAACACAUUAAGACAACGCAUUGGGUGUUCACACUUCCUCCACAGUGUCUCGACAUGAAAGCCACGCCGUGGCAUAAAACAGUGCGGGUUUGCUUUGAGAGCGCUGCACGUUGGGCGCCCACUCGGUAGGAAGGAAGUGUUUGGCUAACGCAGAGCCAUGCUGUCUGACUGACUUUUGACAGCUUGGCCCCCAGCUGUCAGGCCCCCACCUAUUGUACCUUUUGAGGGCAUUUGCAUAUGUGUGUGUGUUUUCUUUUUUCUUGGACAUAACUGCACAUUUACAUAGGCUAUAUCAAAAUCUGCUUUGCAUUUUCAAGCCACACAGCAUGACGACUGUUUUCAGAGUAAGUUGGAAGAGAAGAGGGGGAAGACGACAAACUCAAACACGAAGACAGGGAUAAAUCGCUUAGUUUUCCCCUCUGGAGAUUGAGUUCACGUUUUACAUGUUUCCUGGAUCUCGUUGGCAUCCUAUUUUCCCAUCCACCUGUGAGGAUUUUCUAAAUGGAGAAAAGAGGGAGGAACAGGAAGGAUGCUUAGAACUUGGGUGCAAAAGAAUAGCAUUUGCUGGCCAAGCCCAGAAAUGUGUCAGAAAGCAGGUCACAGAGGGUGACCUGGAGUUGCCAGAGGCUCAUUUACACCAAAGCACCUUUGGGUCACAUUUUGUUAAGACAUCCCUGCCUCUUUGGAAGCCAUCUGAAUGACCGUUCGGCUGCAGGUCUCUGAAACGUGGGAGCCUUGAUUUAUAGAUGGGGAAAGAAAGGCCCAGCUUCCCGUGGUUCCUGGAGUGGAGGCCUGUGUGCGACAGUGAGGAAAGCCUGAGGGACAGGCAGGCACAGGGCUCCAGAGGCACAGCCACCCCAGAGUCCAGCCUCGCUGGAUGGGGUGGUCUCGCUGCCGAAUCCCAAUAACAGAGGCCAAUGGGUCACUUAGGGAACUCCAUCUAACGGCUGAAACCUAGCUCCUCCGGUCACCAAUUCCCAUAGAAAGACCUACCUGCACAUUAUUUUACAUGAUUUUCUAUUCGUCAGGCUUAAGGAGAGCUUGAAAGAUGUCUCACUCUCUAGGUUCAGGACUAGGAAGUAUGAGCCAGGAAGUCCUUACUCUGAGAGUCCAGUGAGGAAAAUGGGCCUCCCUGGUCAAAGCCAAUGCACCUAGAAACUGGGACCCAGGAUUCCGAAACAUCGGAAACUUUCCCGGAGGGUUGGGGAAGAGGGAGGCGAUAUCUGAAGCUCACACUGCUACCUGUGCACACGCCCCAUUCAUUGCAUGCUUCUGGUAACUGCCAAGUGAUGCAUUCUUUACAGAUUGCUUUGAAAGGGAGCAGAAAUUACCCAAGGCUAGAGUGUGUACUUUUUCCAUAGCCAGAAACUUCCCAUCCCACUUUCAUACAUUCCAGCCCACUGCAAGUUCGCAAAGGUGGUGUGAUUUAAAAUCUAUUUGAAUUACCUUUAAAAAAGCAAAAGUAAACAGGAGAAGACUACUUGACACACUAUCAAACACUUGUUCCCGUGACUUGUGAACCAGUCAUUUGGGGGAAUAGCAUAACAACUCUUAGAUGCCCCCAGGUUUAAAUCAAGAGCCAUCCAUGAUUAAAUCUUGCUGUGCAAAUAAACUCUCUAAUAUGAAAUAUUUAAUAUUGGAAGACUUCAUUAGGACUGUGAGGACCACUCGGAGAGAGAUAUAUCCUUGUCAUAGGCAUUUUCUCCGAGGAAACAUUAUUGUCCCGUUGAGCCAUCUUAGUCAGAGGAGGGGUAAUCUGACGUCCCAGAUCGACAUUCCAGAGCAGUGUGUUGAGAAGCUUUCCCCUCCCCCCAUCCUUGCCGUGGACACACCGAAUCUUAAGUUCCCUCUGGGUCCCUGCCCUCUUUGCUUCUCCUGUCUGCAAUCGUACUCUUGUCCCUUCUUUCACCUGACUUCUCUGAGGUGUUCCGGUUUAAACCAGCCAUCAAAGUCAUUACAGACUGUGUUCAUUAGCAGAUUUAUUAUUCUAUUGAGAAAGCACUGGAAUGUUUGGGGAGAUUAUUUUUAUAUGAAGGAAAAGCUUGAAUUCAAGCAGCUGGGAUAGUAAGAACACCUUAGCAUGGUGAUUAUGUCACUGCACACAGUAUUCUGGAAGGAGAUUCGGGACUCCCUCUCCACUUUCUUAAAGGAACAGUUUGGCUUAAAAAUACAAGAUACAUAGGACCUGUGUCAGGGGGUUGGGGUGGGGUGGUAGACCCCUUUGCAAUGCUCAGCAAAAAGGGUAGGGAGUGUAAGACAGGGUGGCUGUCCAACCAAUGACCCAAGGGUGAGAAGCUCUUUCUACCUCCCGAGUGAUUGGAAAAGUUUCCUGGGGGCCUCCAGGCUUGCGGAGAAAGCAAGUCCUCGUGGUACCCUUUCCACCAUGUGUAUGUGGCAGUCAGUUUAAUCAAUACCCUAGUUUAUGCUCUCUAAGAUGCUCAUCUGUGAAUAGUACUGGUUUUGUAAUCUUUGUUAUAUAAGAGGAUGUGUAGGCUGUACAUACUGGGUAGAAUAUUGCCUUCCCUGGAUACAUAGGAAUAUGCUGCAUAAUCGUGCACAACUUCAAGCUCCCUGACUGGCUUGUAGACUGAAGAAAGUGUGUGUUUCCCCAAUUUUCUCAUGCACACACACACACACACACAUUGUUUUUUAUAAGCAAUCUCCCUUUUCCACCCCCUCCUCCUCACAGCAUAUUCUAGAGUCGCAUACAAGAUCUACAUUCUCUAGUUGGAAGUGGAUUUUAAAUUUUUUCCUUUUUGUAUGAUGAUGCACUGAAAUGUGUACUUUCAAACAGCGGUUUGGUGCCUAAGAGCUGUGCGAGCAUCGUUCCGAAAGCGACUACUUCAAAGGUGACGCAUAGUGAGGAGAACGGAAUAAAACAUGUUGCACAUUUGUUCCUAGUUGUAAUCUGUCUGUAUUACGAACGAUGUACGGUUUGUCGACUGUCACUGUUGUUUUCUUGUAACAUGAUAUGGAAUAAAGUGUAGCCGAAUCUCCAUA